AUGAAGAAGAAGCAUGAACUUGAACGGGAUGCCAAGGAGGAGCAGGAGCCACACAGCGGGGAGGCAGAAGACGAGGGAGAAGCAGAGCGGAAGCAGAACAACGAUAAAGAGGAGACGCUGCACCAGGAGGGAGUCGUGGGCGAAGAGGAUGCGCCCGCUCCAGUCUUUGCCACUCCUCCACCACCGAAGCGCAGGGCCAAGAGGCGGAAGGGCUUGCUGGCCGACUUGGACAUGGACGGGCCGUCGCUCAGCUCGAUAUCAGCCGAGAUCCACAACAUUUUCCGGGUAGUGUGGUCCGGCCGCUGGGCGGUGGUGACUCCGUUCGCUCUGUUGGACGCGCUUUGGAAGUUCGUCCCUCGGUUCAGGAAUUACCAGCAGCAGGACGCGCAAGAGUUUCUGGUGUACCUUCUGGACAAGCUGCACGACGAGCUCACCUCGCUGAACGGCGGUAGAGAGGUGGUCGCGUCGCCGAGCGGCCAGAAACGCCAAGGGGAGAGCAUAAUCAGCAAGACGUUCAACGGGGAGCUGUUGAGCCAGGUGACCUGCUCGGCGUGCGGCAACGUAUCCAGCCGGCGAGAACCCUAUCUCGACCUUUUGCUGGACAUACCCAUCCAGCACGCGGGUGGUUCGCGCUCCACCCGUGGCAACAGGAAGACCAACGUGCCGUCGUGCAGCCUCUACGAUUGCCUCGACAGUUUUACGUGGCCCGAGAAGCUGACCGGCUACUAUUGUGAAAAGUGUAAAUCUAAUCAGGACGCCUCGAAGCGGCUCGCCAUCCAAACCCUUCCAGACCGAUUUUGCUGGACGACGACCUCUCGGGCCAAAGUGGACACCAAGGUCCUAUUCCCGCUCAUUGGUCUCGAUCUGUCCGCCUUUUGCAGCGAAGAGCGGGAGAAUGCCAUAUUCGACCUCAGCAGCGUCGUCAUCCACCACGGAUCGGGGCCGUCUGCGGGCCAUUACACCGCAUUUUGCUACCACACGGAGCAGGGCACCUGGCUGCACUUCAACGACUGCCGAGUGUCCGUUUCGUCUCCACAGGAGGCGGCAUCGGCACAGGCCUACAUGCUCUUCUACCAACGACGCAGCGCCAGCGACAGCAAGAUUCCAAUUCCCGCGGUCAUCCCGGCCGGAGGCGGAGAGCACAACAACGACAACAACGACAACCACAACAACAGCAACAAGCGGAAACAGAGGCGGGGAACCAAGAAGAGCAAGGAGACAGACGGCGAGGAAGAGGAUGUAGAUGGUGAUGAUGAUGAAAAGGAAGCGGCGGGCAAGCGGAAGCAGCGCGGGACUGCCAAACGGCGACGAGUUGACGAGGCGGACGAGAAGAAGCAGCAGCGGCGGGACGAGAGGGAUCUGGAGGCGCUGAAGCGGGACGAGUUGGUGGUCGCCCUCAGGAAGCGAGGGCUCAGGACCACGGGCGCCAAGGCCGUCCUGCUGAAGCGACUCCAGGACGCCAUACGUCACGACAACGACGACGAUGAUCAAGCUGAUGAUGAUGGCGAUGGCGAUGAUAGCGGUGGCCGUGAUGAUGGUGAUGAUAGCGAACAGGAAAACGAGAAAACCAGCAAGCCAAGGCCGGCGGCAGAUUCAGGAGUGACGAAGAGGAGGCUUGCCAAACGCACAAACAGGGGAACCAACAAAUAA